UAACGCCAAUACACAAUGCUUAAUGACUUGUCGAGGUGAUUUGAUCGACUUUCGCGAGAAAGUUUUAUGAGCAGUUUUCGCCACUAAAAACAUGGGUGUCAGCACUAGUUUGGUUUUCGACAAUACAUAUCCAUCCGCUCCUACUUGAGCGUCAAGAGCAUCAACGAAAGCACCCGGAUGAACUGUCAUGGCCGCCGUCGCUGUGGUUCCAAACAGAGCUGAAAAGGACGGCAAAUAUUGCCGCUGUGUGUUUUUUCCCGGCGUCACCGUAUUUUAUUAUGUUCCGUGUCGACGGGACCGAGCCUGAAGUUCCAUCAAGUUAAUAGUACUCGGGCUGUACCAAGUCCUUGUCUUCAGAAAUUCUCACAGUGGUGUUUGUCACCCCCUGCUCACCUAAGGUUAGACUGGUGUCUUCCCACACCAUGGAAACCAACUUGCAUCUCACCACCAGGUGAUGACCACUGGACAGCUCCGCCUCUCUCGUCACCUAAAUGACACGUAUUCACAGCUAUGGAUGAAGACUAUAAAAUACCUUCCCAUUCUGCCAUGAAUUACAGUGUGUCAUGUGCAGAGGAUGUAAAAGACUCUCCGCCUUUCAAAGAAAGAGCACGCCGUAGUCACGGCAACCAAGGCGCAUCACCUGUUAAGCAACACUGCUCCACCACGAAGAGAGCCAGUUGUAAAAUUCAACAGGGGGCCGUUUUCUCUGGAAACAUCCUGAGCUUUGGCUGCUCCGUGUGUAAGGACGAUUCGACGUACAGUCCCAAUGAUCUCCUGAAACAUUUCCGAGGGGCCCACAAAGGGAUUUUGCCCACCUACCCUUGUGAUUUGUGUGGCUUUUUCACAAAUGAAUUUACAGCUCUUCAACGUCAUCGGAUCGAGCACAAAAAUACUUGGGUCACCUGCGAGCUCUGCCGCGAUGGGAUUCAAUAUUCCCUGCUUUUGCUGACGAGACACUACAUCAUGUGUCACAGUCGUAACGGAAAGUUUCACUGCGACUGGUGCGACUUUACGACGGUGGACGCCGGGACGUUUGUCCAACACAUUCAUCAUCACAACGAGAGUCCCUGGAAAUGUUCCAGAUGUCGCCACGUCAGCGUGAACGAAGCGGAUCAUCAAAAGCAUCUCAAGGCGCACGCCACCGUGUUGCCUUUCAUUUGUCAAAUCUGCGACUACUGCGCAUCCACCAGCAGUCAGCUGAAAAAACACACGGUCGCCGCUCACAAGAGCAACAAGCCUCCGUGCGACCAACAAGUCCAUCCAAACGUACGGAAGACGUUGGAAAACGGAGCGGCUCCAAGAAAUUCCUCUCCGGCGGUCCAAAAUCUACUGAAAAAUGUUUCCGAGCUGCACGAAAGACAAAAGUUACCCAAAGUAUUUGGUGUAUCAGGGAUCUUACCAAACCAAAACGGAAGGAUGAAAUCGGAGAUGUGUUCGGAGGAAGUCCAGCAAACUCUUGACGGGACCCCGUCAAAAAAGGAUCACGCGAAUCGGAACUCUUUGAGCGCGGAACAAUCCUCACCGGUGAUGUUGCUGCACAACGACAGUUGUGGCUCUCCAACUAAUCCUAAUGCACUAAAAGUUCUCAUGGUCAAAAAUAAAAUCUCUCUUCCUCCAAACUGUACGACCAAAGUCAUGGGAUUUAAGAUGGUGGAUGGGAAAAAACAUCUCGUUCUCAAAGUCAUACCCGUAGCACAGCAAAACGUGUGCCCCAGUGACAGUUCAUCAGGAGAAGAUUUGGACUCUCCGGGUACCAGGUCUUCAUUUUUUAAAAGUGACGUCCCUGUCGAAAAUGGGGAAUCAACUCCUAGCAAGAGCUCUGUAUCACAUCCCUGUGCCACUCCGCCGGGAAGUGGAUCUUGCAUCCAAGCGGAGGAUAUCGUGGCAGUGAAAAUCAAGAUUGAAGAGGAAGAAACACCGGUUUUCAGUCUCGAGUCUCCUCAUCGUAGUGACGAUUUUCUGGAGGAAGGUAGUCAUUCUGUAAAUGGGUUCUGGACUACAACUGCUGAGGCGGACCCGCUGACAAACUCGCUCGAUCCGAUGGGCAGGCAAAAUUCCCCAAGUCAGACGGCCUGCUCUGAAAUGAAUCACUUUGCUAGCAAGUCCGCCGCGGAAAAAUGUGAGAGGGUCUCAAAUAUCGGAACUGACACAUUCACUGAUGAUCCCUUAAAUGUUUCUCUGGAGGCAACCUGCAAAACUAACGUUGAGAAUCGUGGAGCGGUAGAUGAGAUGAUUAGUUUCACCAGAAAUGGAAACAAUUUGGACGAACCCCGAGAGACUUCUUUUCCGAACACGAUUGAAAAUACUUACCGGUUUUCCCCAAGCCCUUCACAAAGUCCAGAGAGCGCAAGCGUUGGAAUUCGACCUUUGAACAAUUACCGUCAUUGUCAUCAACAGUUGCCAAAUUUGGAUCCCGCGGCAGAGACGACCUCAUCUGCUUCGUUCGGAGAAAACGCCACGACCGCACAAAAUUCUUUAAACCACAAAGUCUUCGCUUUUCACAAUUAUUCCAAGGAAGCCUUUGCUAUGUCGCCCCAAACAUGUAAACAAAGCAACGGAAUUCCCGAAUUUAGAGCAGGCAUAGAAACGAAUAGCAUCCCGUCUCAUUUUCGUCUCACAUUAGCCGAGUCUUCAGAACCUUUCGAGGAUAGUGACUGUCCUGAUACCGAUGAUGAAAACCCAGAGUCGGUGCUGAAAGAUUUUAAUAUUAUUAAAAUCGAGGAGGACCUCAUUCCCGUAUGGAAAAGUCCAUCGGAGAAAAAAAAUACAUCAUCAGGUUUGGGCAGUUUUGUAGAACAGCACUCGGAGGAAAUCAUUACACAGCAACUCCAAAAGGAAAGAACCGAAUCUUUUUAUUCAAAUUUUGAAUAUUUGAACGCAACAAAGACGACCGCACAUCAUCUUCAAGUGCAAGAUGAAACGCGGCAGUUAGUCUUGAAGACUAAUGAGAAAACGUCUGCCAUGUCGACGCAGGCUAGACCCGCGCCAAGUUUUAAGCUAAUUACUCAUUGUGGAAAUCCUCAAAUCAAUGUCUCGUACAUGAAGUCCGGGUUUGAAACCUCUCGCGAUCCUACUGGCGAAACCGUUCCUCUAAAAGAUAAAAAUAUCGGAAAAUCCGAGGCAGCGACUGGUGAUAAAAUCUCAAAUGUUUUUUCUUCUCUUCGAAGUGGUGCCUCGCCACACCAUUUCCUUAUCAAUAGCGCAAACCUAAACGGUCCCGUCCUCCUUUCUAGCGCAUCGAGUAAUAAUUCUCCAGACAAAGUCGCUCAAGCCCAGCCCAAGUGCUACUUGUUGCCCAGAUCGAUUCCAUUUGUUCAAACGCCGAGCAGCGCCGGCCUCAAGCUAGCAAGCGCAAAAGUCCCACUAAACGCCAGACCUGUUCUGGCCGUGCCAGUGAGCUCCGCCGAAAAACAGAGCACUUUGCAGACCGGUCGCCAAACGUUUUUGCUGCGCUACAUUUCACCAACCAAAUCGAGUGUGCUUCUCAAUAAUCUCGUCAUCAAAUCCGCCGCGCAGUCCUUGGACGGCAGGGAAAAAAGAGGAAACAAAGUCGUGUUUAAAAUUGUCAGCCCUACGACGGGUCUGCUUAAAAACGGCGCGCCCUCCUCGAGUUGUCAACCGUUACUUUUGGCCACCUCACCUCCAACUCAGUGUUUUCUGAUGUCAUCAAGCAAAACAAACGCGCACCCGUCCAACAACCUGAAGAUCACGACCAAGCGGAAUCCAACACAAAGCGCCGUCGGAGACGCAACACCUCAUUUGAAACCAAAGAUCAAACUCAGCGAAGCAGAUAAGCCUCGACUUGCCCCGAGGCCGAUCCGACCUCCGAGCCGAAGAAAACUACGCAAGAAAGUAUUGUUUGACGAGCUUCCGACCGCGACGCACAAACCCAGAAGGCUCGCAAACAAAGUACAGACUGAAAAAGACACAACUGUGUUUUGGAGUCCCACAGCGAAAAAAGUUGAAAGAACUUUGAGACUGGCCCCGCACAAUUGUCUCCAGCAAAUUAAAUGCCCCCGUCGAUACCAACCCGUCGUGGUGCUCAAUCAUCCAGAUGCUGAUAUUCCCGAAGUGGCCAAUAUCAUGAAGGUCAUCAAUCGUCACAGAGGCGCCGUCGCCAAGGUGUCACUGUCGCAGAAAACGGUGGAAGCGCUCGCUGAGCUCGGCACGCUAGGAGGCCAGCUCUUGACUGAAGGCGUAUUGCUGCAAAGCAACGAACCGAGCCCGCGAGCGAUUCACAGUUCGGUGCGAGAGCGGUUCCUUCUCAAACUGAAGCUUCGGAAAAAGACCAAAAAAAAGUACGAAGUCGUGGAACCGCUGUCGGGCGGUCGACCCAAAACUGUGGUGUUUGACUGCUGGUUCUGUGGUCGGGUUUUUCACAGCCAAGAACAUUGGGUUGGCCAUGGCCAGCGACAUCUCAUGGAGGCAACUCGAGACUGGAAUAAGCUUUUGUAAAAGUUUUCCGUUACUUUUCUGUGCGUGGAUAAACAGUCCUAUGAGAGGAAAAGGGUAAACAGUUGUACAUUUUUUUUUAAAUCACCUUUCACUCCGUUUCAUUUUCCUCUUUGUGAAUAUAUUUUUUUUAAUUUGUAAUAUUUUAUUGGUGCUUUUUCUGGAAAAUUAAAUUGAGCUCGCAUGAGUUUAAGUCAUGCACAGGUCUUUGAAAUGUGAAUGUUGUACACUGUAAUUCAUAAAGAUGUGGUAGAAGAAGCACUGACUUACAAAAAGUGCGUCACCUAAUUUCUCAGGUCUGCUCUGCAAGUAUAUGUUAUAUAUACUGUAUACAUACACAGUAUAUAUAUAAUAUAUAUAUGUAUAUAUAGCUCUGAGAUGACAUGCCAAAGACUAAUGGGAUUUGAAUUGUGCUUUGCGGGGUGUGCAAAUUCUUUAUUCACUUUCUCAAAUGGGCCAUUAGAGCACGGGUGUCAAAGUCAAGGCCAAGGGGCCAGAUGUGGCCUGCCACAUCGUUUUAAGUGGCCCCGCGAAAGCAACUCGAAAGAUGACAACUUCCAUGACACUUGCUAAAAUGUGCACCAAAAUUUCAAGUUUUCAUAUGUAAUAAAUCAGUGACAUAUCGUGAGCAUUUUCUUGUUACCAAACCCCUCAUUACAGUUACUUAAACUAUAGUUGAAUAAAACGUUAUUCCGGAAUUCUUUAUAUAGUUUCAGUCAUCAUCGCCCUCCAAGGGAAACGGUAAUUAUCAUGUGGCCCGUGAAUUUGACACCCCUGCAUUAGAGUACCGGUAACCUUUAAAUGUAAAAUGACGUAAAAAGCCCCCCUUUCUGUCUUCGUUGCUCAGUGAGCGGAGCUCAGUAAUGUGAAGUCAAAGUUUUGUGAAAUGUUCUUUUACCGCUUUCUAAAAUGAAGAUGAAUUCCCAAAGGUGACGAUUUAACUUUUACAGCCCUAAUAUAUAGCUACGCACACAGACAUUUAUAUAGUGGUUUACGAAAGUAUUCAAACUUUUUUCUUUUGAAAGAAUGAACAAUUGGGACACAAUUCUGAAGUAGAAAUGGAAUGUACGCCAUAUUAGAUUUUUUUUUAAGAAAUAAAAAACUGAAAAGUGCGGCGUGCAAAAUUAUUUGAUCAAUUUUGGUCUCAUCUGACAAGUGCACCUUCUUCCAAAAUGUUUUGUUGUGACUCCCAGGUGGUGUCAUGCCAAACUUCUCCCAGGACUUUAUAUUGAUGUCUUUGAGAAAUCGGUAGGUUUGCAGCCGUCUGAUCGUCGGCAUUUCAAUAUCAUUGAUCAAACUGUGCUCCGCGUGAUGUUGGAAGCUUUUUUCAUGUGCCAAUCCUGCUUUAACCCUUUAAUGCACCAAUAAUGAUCACCUGUCACCUGAUAACAUGACAGCCUGUCCACCGUAGUGUUCCGUUUCAGUUUUUAUUUCUGGGGGAAAAAAAAUUCUGUUUCACUGAACAAUUGUGUCCCACUUAGUGUUGAUUGUUCACUAUACAUAUAUAUAUAUAUAUAUGAAAGGGUGAAAAAGUUCAACCGAAUACUUUAGCCAGCCACUCUACAUACAUGUGGCGUAUGAGUAAUUCCUGGCUAUUAUUUUUUUUAUGUACUAAUAAUGAAAUCAGGUAAAAGACUUUCAGGAACUUUUUUGAGAGAUCUUAAGCAUUUAAGUAAUUUGAAUUAUGGGUGGAUUCUUCAGUCAUGGACUGUGAGAGGAAUCCAUCCUACUAAAGACAUUUGUAUAUUGUAACUAUUGCAAAGUGUUAUGUCAAUAUUUGACAAUAUUUACUUUUUGGAAUACCUUAUGUGUCCCUAAUUCCAAUAUAGUUUUAUUUUUAAUUAAAUGAGAAUUGUUAAACAGAACAUGUGUUAAGUGUUAAGGACCAUCGCAAUUUUGUACUUCAUUCAUCCAAAAAUGUAAAUAGUCGGAAACUUGCUCAAAAAAUAUACGAAUGCUGUUCAUCGUUUUCAGUUCCAUACAUUUGCAUAAAAUGAUGAAAUAUA